AUGCAGCUCAAGUUUCUGUCUUCAGCAUUGUUGCUGUCUCUGACCAGCAAAUGCGCUGCCCAGGACACUAAUGAUAUUCCACCUUUGAUCACCGAUCUCUGGUCCGCGGAUCCCUCGGCUCAUGUUUUCGAGGGCAAGCUUUGGGUUUACCCAUCUCACGACAUCGAAGCCAACGUCGUCAACGGCACAGGAGGCGCUCAAUACGCCAUGAGGGACUAUCAUACCUACUCCAUGAAGAGUAUCUACGGAAAAGACCCCGUGAUUGACCACGGCGUCGCUCUCUCAGUCGAUGACGUUCCCUGGGCUAAGCAGCAAAUGUGGGCACCUGAUGCAGCUUACAAGAACGGCAAAUAUUAUCUCUACUUCCCUGCCAAGGACAAGGAUGAGAUCUUCAGAAUUGGAGUUGCUGUCUCCAACAAGCCCAGCGGCCCUUUCAAGGCCGACAAGAGCUGGAUCCCCGGCACAUACAGUAUCGAUCCUGCUAGCUAUGUCGACACUGACAACGAGGCCUAUCUCAUCUGGGGCGGUAUCUGGGGCGGCCAGCUCCAGGCCUGGCAGGAUAAGAAGAACUUCAACGAGUCGUGGAUCGGAGACAAGGCUGCUCCCAACGGCACCAACGCCCUGUCUCCCCAGAUCGCCAAACUCAGCAAGGACAUGCACAAAAUCACCGAAACACCCCGCGAUCUCGUCAUUCUCGCCCCCGAGACAGGCAAGCCUCUUCAAGCUGAGGAUAACAAGCGUAGAUUCUUCGAGGGACCCUGGGUUCACAAGCGUGGCAAGCUAUACUACCUCAUGUACUCGACCGGCGACACCCACUUCCUUGUCUACGCUACUUCCAAGAACAUCUACGGUCCCUAUACCUACCAGGGCAAGAUUCUUGACCCUGUUGAUGGGUGGACUACUCACGGAAGUAUUGUUGAGUACAAGGGACAAUGGUGGCUUUUCUUUGCUGAUGCGCAUACUUCUGGAAAGGAUUACCUUCGACAGGUUAAGGCGAGGAAGAUCUGGUAUGACAAGGAUGGCAAGAUCUUGCUUAAUCGUCCUAAGAUUUAG